UUUAAAAUAAUUAAAAAUUAAAGAAAACCACGAAUUCCAAAUUAAAGAGGAUUUUAUUACUUAUCUGUUCAAUAACGAUUGUAAACUUUUGAAAUUUUAAUAACUCAGUAAUAGCCAUUAAAAGUGUGACAUAAUUAAGGAAUAAAAGAGAUCAAAAGAAAUAGCUAUUUGUGUGUUUAAUAUUCAGUGAGAUCGUGUCGUCAAUAUGAAACUGAAGGAGUUAAAGAGGACUGUGAACGUGAGCUGGUCCCCGGCUGAUCAUCACCCGGUAACGCUUGUUGCCGGCUCGGCGGCCCAGCAAGUUGACGCGUCUUUCAGCUCAAGUUCAUACUUAGAACUGUAUUCGUUGAAUUUAGAAGACCCUAGUUAUGAUUUGAAACAGAUAUCCAGUUUGCAAACACAACAUAAAUUCCAUAAGAUAGAAUGGUCAGGUGCCGGAAUUAUCAUAGGAGGCUGUGAUGGUGGAUUAUUAGAGUUUUACAGUGCUGAAAAACUGUUGAACAAUGCCAGUGAUGCAUUACUUGGAAGCAGUACGAAGCAUAGUGGGCAUGUCUCCGCAUUGGAUGUCAAUCCAUACCAGAAGAAUCUGUUGGCCUCAGGAGCGUCAGAAAGUGAGAUAUUCAUAUGGGACCUGAACAACACAAGUCAACCAAUGGCUCCUGGCACUAGGAGCCAACCAUAUGAUCAUGUGCAGGGCUUGGCUUGGAAUCAGCAGGUACAACAUAUUCUAGGUUCAACGUUCGCGACAAGGUGUGUCGUCUGGGAUCUCAGAAAAAAUGAACCCAUCAUGAAAUUAAGUGACUCCCAGUCCCGCAGCCGGUGGCGCGCCGUGAGCUGGCACCCCGGGGUCGCCACGCAGCUCUGCCUCGCCUCCGAGGACGACCAGGCGCCCGUCAUACAGCUCUGGGACCUCAGGCUGGCGGCGUCCCCGGUGGUGUCGCUGGAGGGGCACGGCAAGGGCGCGCUGUCCAUGUCGUGGUGCGCGCAGGACGCCGACCUGCUGCUGUCCGCCGGGAAGGACGGCCGGGUGCUGUGCUGGAACCCGAAUACCACUAAACCGGGUGGCGAGGUGGUGGCGGAGUGCGCGGGGUCGGCGCAGUGGGUGUUCGAGGUGCGCUGGUGUCCGCGCGUGCCCGCCCUGUUCGCCGCCGCUGCUUUUGACCAGCGCCUGGCUGUGCACUCGGUGCUUGGAGGCGCCGCAGCUGAUACGAGUAGUCAGAGUCAGAGCAACAUCAUGGACUCGUUCGGCGCCGAGUCGUUCAGCCAGCUGCCGGCCGUGCGGGGCGCGCAGGGGGCGGGGGGCGGCGCGGGGGCAGGCGCGGGGGCCGGGCGGGGUGCGCUGGCGGCGCCGCCGCGCUGGAUGAAGCGCCCGGUGCGGGCCAACUUCGGGUUUGGUGGUAAACUGGUGACGUUUGAGAAGUGUCCGCAACAAGAAGGCGGCGGUCAGAGACUGGUGCACAUUAGCCAGGUGGUGAGCGAUCCGGAGAUAGUGGAGCUGGCAGCGGAAUUGGACGCGGUGCUGGGUUCGAGUCCCAGCCAAGACCCCGAGGCCAACCAGCGGCUCGCAGAGUACUGCCGACAGCGGGGCGACGCGGCAACCGACCAGAGCGAGCGAUACACGUGGUUCUUCCUGCGAGCCAACUUCCUGCCUUCCUUCCGGUCCGAAGUACUCAAUCUACUCGGGUUCAGACAAGACGAGAUCCCGUCGAAGUUCAAAACCCUGGACGUGUCUGGAGACGAAACGUCACCCGACUCGACCCUGCCGCACGUGGAGGGGCUGUCGCUGCUGGACCGCAAGCUGGCGGACGUGGAGUCGGAGCCCGCGGUCAGCGACGUGCACAUACCCAACGGCGACGAUGAGACGAGCAUGAUAUGCCGCGCGCUGGUGUGCGGCAACCUGGAGGAGGCCGUGGAGCUGUGCCUGGCGGCGGAGCGGGUGGCCGACGCGCUCGUCAUCGCCUCGCUCGUGUACGUUAUGUUCCGUGCGCAGGAGGGGCUGUCGCUGCUGGACCGCAAGCUGGCGGACGUGGAGUCGGAGCCCGCGGUCAGCGACGUGCACAUACCCAACGGCGACGAUGAGACGAGCAUGAUAUGCCGCGCGCUGGUGUGCGGCAACCUGGAGGAGGCCGUGGAGCUGUGCCUGGCGGCGGAGCGGGUGGCCGACGCGCUCGUCAUCGCCUCGCUCGGCAGCCAAGAGCUGGUGUACAAAGUGCAGAAGUACCACCUGAACCGCACGUGCGCGGAGCCGGUGUCGGCGCUGGCGGACGCGCUGCUGGCGGCGCGGUGGGGCGCGCUGCUGGCACGGACCGGCGCGCGCGCCUGGCGCAGCGUGCUGGCUGCGCUCGUCACGCACUGCGACACCGACGCGCUGCCGCACUACUGCGAAACUUUAGGGGAUAAGUUAUCCAAGGAGUCAGAUCCAGCUCUGGUGCAGGCCGCCACGAUCUGCUACCUGUGCGCCAUGAGCCCCGAGCGGCUGGCGCGGGUGUGGGGGGCGCUCCCCCCGCGCCACGCCGCGCCCCCCGCGCUCCUCGCGCACCGCGCCGCCGCCCUGCGACACGCGCAGCUGCAGUCCGGCGGUAAACUGGAGACAAUACUGAACGAGUACGCGCUGAACCUCGCCUCGCAAGGCUGUCUGCAGAGCGCCCUGCUGGCCGCGCAGGACUCCGGGUCCGACGACCUCAAGCAGCGGCUGCAGAGGGCGCUGGGCAUCACGCGAGACCCCGCGCACAAGGCCCGGGCGCCGGCGCACGGCGGGGCGCGCGGGUACGGGCGGCGCGAUGACGUCACGGCGCACUACAACUCCGCCGUCCCGCCGCAGUACGAUCCGUCGCCAUGGCAGCAGUCCACAGUCUCAGCGCACCAGUACUCGCAGCCGCCUCUAGCACCCCUCGCUCCGCAGCCUCUCGCCCCCCAACCCUUCGCCCCCCAGCCCCUAGCUCCACAGCCCCUCGUCCCCCAGCCCCCCGCCCCGCAGCCGCCCCCGCCCGCGGCCCCGCCCCGCCCCGGAAGCGUCGGGCCUACAGCUGGCGGCCUCGCGUCGCGCUCCAAGUACCGGGUGGACCCGUCCGUGCAGCCCGCGCCGCCCUGCGCCCCCUACCCCGCCCGCCCCUACACGCCCACACACCCUGCAGUCAACGGCUCCUACUACAACCCUCCAGGCGUGGAGACGGGGGUGCCCGUGGUCCCCACCCAGAACAAGCCCGCGGCCCCCGGCUGGAACGACCCGCCGAUGCUGUCAUCUAAACCUAAGGCUAAAUCGGAGACGCCCGUACCAGCUCAAGCGCCGAUAACGCAUCCGUUGUUCGGAGUGGAGCCCCCGCAGCACAUACCCUUAGCCCCCGCACCCGGGCAGUACCCCGGGAUGCAACCGGGGCAGUACCAGAGCUCACAGUUCCCGGCGGCACAACCGCCGGUCGGACAAUAUUCGAUUGUACAACAACCAAUCGGACAAUAUCCGGGAGGACAACAACACAUUGGACAAUAUCCGGGGGCACAACAACUGGAUGGGCAGUAUCCUGGGGCACAACAGCUCGGUGGACAGUACCCUGGGGCACAAUACCCGGGCGGGCAAUACCAAGAUCAGCAAUAUCAGGCUCAGUAUCCCCCACAACCACCUCCACAACAAUAUACCCCUCAGGUGGAGCCUCAGCCCGCCCCCAAGCCCCCGCUGCCGCCCCCCCUCGCCGCGCUGCAGGACACGUUCGACGGGCUCCGCGAGCAGCUCGCGCGCGCCUCCACCAGCUCGCUCGUGAAACGGAAACUGGAGGAUGUACAGAGAAGACUGGAGACCAUGUAUGACUUGCUGAGGGAGGACCGGCUGUCGGAGAGCUGCGUGUGUGCGCUGACGGAGAUGUGUGCGUGCGUGCGCGCGGGGGACGCGGGGGGCGCGCUGCGGGGCGCGGGGGCGCUGGCGGCGGGGGGCGACUUCGCGGCCGUCGCCAGCUUCCUGCCCGGACUCAAGACGCUCUUCCAGCUCGCCGCCGCCGAGCACGCGCCGCGAUAGUACCCUCCCCCCACCCCCCUCCUGCAACUAGAACACCUGCCUGCCUUUGAAGAGAAGUCCGGCGGCAAUACACUGCAUAAUUACUGUUAUCUUUAACUGUGCCCUCGAAAUGCGACUGACGAAUUCACCAAAGAUGUGCCGACGCAGAAAUCUCUUAGUUAACUCAGCUUAAUGGCCCGAAAAGAUGCAGCACGAUAUUUUCUCUUUUAAAAACAUAUUUACCUUUCCUUGUCAAAUAGUUAAAUAGAUUCUAAAUUUAAAUCUAUUUCCAAAAACAACUGGAGUCCAUGAUCAGACUGCUAGACCUACUCUUCCCUCAUACAUCUUCGAUAUUGUACGUGGCUAUGUACUUGUGUUAUUGUAAAUCAAAAUUGAACUGCUAUUGCAGGGCUUGUUACAUAAUAAUUUAAUCAAGUAAUUGUAUAACCUUAUCAAUAAAAAAUAAUCAAAGUCGAUUAUUGAGUGCGUAAUCGUCUUAUCUUGUGUUAUAUUGAAACAAACAACUGCUAAUGAAAAUAAAUAUCUCUUAUGUGAUCAAAAUCCAUAUUAUAUACGUAUAAUUCGUGUUAUAGACACUGAUGUAGGUUUGUUUGUCCAAGGGUUUUCACGCCCAGACCUACGAACUUGUCUUGACCAAAUCUUGGAGAGUAAUAACGGGAAUCCAGGACACACUUUGUUAAGUGCAGUCGGGCGGAAAAUUAAUAUUUUAAUAUAGAUAAUUAUAUUUACGAUUUAAGUACCGUCUAUGUUUAAUACGAAUUGCGAUAUCCUUGGAGCUAGUUCAUGGUGUAUGACGGUAUCCCGGGACCACACUGCUGACGCGACUCCCAUAGAGUACAGCUGACACCCGAGGUCAACGACCUACUGUACGUGUAAAGCAGCCUUUCUCAAAGUGGGCGAUAACGCCCCCUUGUGGUCGCUGCAGGCUUAAUGGGGGGCGGUGAUAGAUCCAGAAAAAAAUGGGGGCGUUGUGUAGAGGCUUGGGAGGCGAUUUUUAAUUUCAUCUAGGAGGACUCUUAGACACUGACUGAGCUCUCGCUAUAGUGGUUUUUAAGUAGGUGAAAAAAUGGGGGCGCUAAAAAAUAAUUUAUUCUCAAAGUGGGCAGUAGACAAAGAAGUUUGGGAACCACUGAUGUAAAGGAAAACUACCUUCUUUACAGAUUAUUUAUACACAUUAGAGGAUAACGAAAAAUAAACUUAAUAAAACAAUACAUGAAUAUUGCUUACAAGGAUAUAUUCAUUGCGUGGUCUCGUGGGAUGCCUGGAUGUUAAUUACGCAUUACUUUCGCUUCCCUUUCGCGCCGAGUACUAUAUAUUAUUCUGUUUGAACUCUUUGGGUUCGUCUCGUGUCCAAACACAUGAAGGGUGCGUUUAACGGGUGUUAGUUGCAGUUACUAAUCCAUUUUUGUGAAUGUCAUCAUCUACUUAGUGAAUUCACGUGAUUGUUAAUAAAAAUACAUGUCUAUUAAUUGAUCAAUUGAAUUAUUCAUGAAAAAAAUAAUAAUGUAUAAAAUUUAAUGAUUUAAUAAUAUCCAGUAGGGGCGUUAACCUA